AAAACUCCGCUUCUUCAAUCUUUUGAGAGGCGGCGACUGACGAUGUCCUCCGAUUGUGUGAGUCGGUUGUGAACUACUUUCCUAUAUAUUACUACUAAUAAUCAGUUAGUGUAUAGUAGUAUUAAUUCUACUUCCGGCAUAGGCGGACGCGUUCGAAUCUAUUUCUCCGACUCCGGUAUUUAUCUCCUUCAUCUUUUGGUUCUUCGUUUAAUCGGUCAAAUUUAUUUCCUUUUUGUGCAUCUUCGGUUUUCUGAUUUUCGAUUGAAAGAUGUCGAAUUUGGGCGGCGGUGCAGAAGCACAUGCACGUUUUAAACAGUAUGAGUACAGAGCGAACUCAAGUCUUGUUCUAACUACUGAUUCUCGUCCCCGAGAUACUCAUGAACCCUCUGGUGAACCUGAGUCUCUUUAUGGAAAAAUUGACCCUAAAACGUUUGGUGAUCGAGCUUACAAGGGUAGACCUCCAGAGUUGGAUGAGAAACUUCAGAAGGCUAGGAAGAAGAAGGAGCGGGAACCACUUGUCUCUGAGCCAACUAGACAAAGCAAGAAGAGACGACUUCAGGAAGAAAGUGUUCUUACUUCGAGUGAGGAAGGUGUUUACCAGCCUAAAACAAAGGAAACUAGAGCUGCUUAUGAGGCUAUGCUCAGCUUGAUUCAGCAGCAACUUGGUGGACAGCCCCUCAACAUUGUGAGUGGGGCGGCUGAUGAGAUGUUGGCGGUGUUAAAAAAUGACAACUUCAAGAAUCCUGAAAAGAAAAAGGAAAUUGAAAAGCUGUUAAAUCCUAUAUCGAAUCAGGUGUUUGAUCAGUUGGUGUCAAUUGGGAGACUCAUUACUGAUUAUCAGGACGGUGGUGAUGCAUCAGCGUCUGCUGCAGCUGAUGGCGAUGAUGGUCUUGACGAUGAUGUCGGUGUAGCAGUUGAGUUUGAGGAGAAUGAAGAAGAAGAAGAAGAGAGUGAUCUUGAUGUGGUACCUGAUGAUGAAGAGGAGGAUGAUGAUGUGAUGGAAGCCAGUGCUUCUGGCGCUAUGCAGAUGGGCAGUGGCAUUGAUGAUGAUGAGAUGCGGGAGGCCGAUGAGGGAAUGGCCUUGAAUGUUCAGGACAUAGAUGCUUAUUGGCUUCAAAGAAAGAUUUCUCAAGCUUAUGAGCAACAGAUUGAUCCCCAACAGAGCCAAAAGCUUGCUGAAGAGGUUCUUAAAAUUCUUGCUGAAGGCGAUGAUCGCGAAGUAGAAACAAAGCUGCUGGUGCAUCUCCAAUUUGAUAAGUUCAGUCUCAUCAAAUAUCUUCUGCGAAACCGGCUAAAGGUAGUAUGGUGUACCCGUCUUGCAAGGGCCGAAGACCAAGAGAAUAGGAAGAAAAUUGAAGAAGAGAUGUUGGGGUUGGGGCCAGAUCAUGUAGCUAUAUUAGAACAGUUGCAUGCUACUAGGGCUACUGCAAAAGAGAGGCAGAAGAAUCUGGAGAAAAGCAUUAGGGAAGAAGCUCGGCGUCUUAAAGAUGAGUCUGGUGUUGAUGGUGAUGGAGAAAGGAAGGCACUUGUAGAUAGAGAUCUUGAUAAUGGUUGGUUAAUGGGGCAGCGCCAGUUUCUUGAUCUUGACAGCCUUGCAUUUCAUCAAGGCGGUUUGUUGAUGGCAAAUAAGAAAUGUGAGCUUCCAGUGGGGUCUUACAGGAAUCAUAAGAAGGGGUAUGAGGAAGUUCACGUGCCAGCAUUGAAGCCAAGGCCACUAGACCCUGGCGAAGAGCUUGUGAAGAUAUCCUCCAUUCCAGAGUGGGCUCAACCAGCAUUCAGCGGGAUGACCCAAUUGAACAGGGUGCAGAGUAAAGUAUAUGAGACUGCCCUCUUUUCUCCAGAGAACAUUUUGCUCUGUGCUCCAACUGGUGCCGGGAAGACCAAUGUAGCUAUGCUCACUAUACUUCAGCAAAUUGCACUAAACCGCAAUGAAGAUGAUGGUACAUUCAACCACAACAACUAUAAGAUUGUAUAUGUGGCACCCAUGAAAGCCCUUGUUGCUGAAGUGGUUGGUAAUCUCUCCAAGCGUUUGGUACAUUAUGGUGUCACGGUGAAAGAGUUGAGCGGUGAUCAAUCAUUAACUCGUCAACAGAUUGAAGAGACUCAAAUUAUUGUGACUACCCCAGAGAAGUGGGAUAUUAUAACGAGAAAGUCGGGCGAUCGCACAUAUACACAGCUUGUUAAACUUCUUAUUAUUGAUGAGAUUCAUCUCCUGCAUGACAACAGAGGUCCUGUCUUGGAGAGUAUCAUUGCUAGAACUAUUCGACAGAUCGAAACCACAAAAGAGCAUAUUCGGCUUGUUGGGUUGUCUGCAACUCUUCCAAAUUAUGAGGACGUGGCUGUGUUUUUGCGAGUGGAUCUGAAGAAAGGGCUCUUCCAUUUUGACAAUAGCUAUAGGCCUGUUCCAUUGGCUCAACAGUACAUUGGAAUUACAGUUAAGAAGCCACUGCAGAGAUUCCAGUUGAUGAAUGACGUUUGCUAUGAGAAGGUGAUUAGUAUUGCAGGAAAGCAUCAGGUGCUUAUUUUUGUCCAUUCAAGGAAGGAAACAUCUAAAACAGCUCGCGCAAUACGGGAUACUGCACUUGCUAAUGACACCCUUGGUAAGUUUUUGAAGGAGGACAGUUUAACUCGGGAACUCCUACAGUCACAAACUGAGCUUGUGAAGAGCAAUGAUCUCAAAGAUCUUUUACCAUAUGGUUUUGCUAUUCAUCAUGCGGGAAUGGUUAGAACCGAUCGGCAACUUGUGGAGGAUCUUUUUGCUGAUGGCCAUGUGCAAGUGUUGGUUUCAACAGCAACUUUAGCAUGGGGUGUCAAUUUACCUGCACAUACUGUGAUUAUAAAAGGUACCCAGAUUUACAAUCCUGAGAAAGGAGCAUGGACUGAACUCAGUCCACUUGAUGUUAUGCAAAUGCUUGGUCGCGCUGGACGUCCUCAAUAUGACACCUAUGGUGAAGGAAUCAUAUUAACGGGCCACAGCGAAUUGCAGUAUUAUUUGUCCCUGAUGAAUCAGCAGCUGCCAAUAGAAAGUCAAUUUAUCUCCAAGUUGGCAGAUCAGUUAAAUGCCGAGAUUGUCCUUGGGACUGUGUUGAAUGCCAAGGAAGCAUGUAAAUGGCUCCUGUAUACCUACCUCUAUGUCCGCAUGGUACGGAAUCCCACACUUUAUGGUCUAGCUGCUGAUGCUCUCAAGACUGAUUAUGCUUUGGAGGAAAGGCGUGCCGACUUGGUACAUUCUGCUGCUAUAUUGCUGGACAAGAAUAACUUGGUCAAGUAUGACAGAAAAAGUGGAUAUUUCCAGGUGACUGACCUGGGUCGCAUUGCGAGUUAUUAUUAUAUAACUCAUGGGACAAUUUCCACGUACAAUGAGCAUUUGAAGCCUACGAUGGGUGAUAUUGAACUUUGUAGGCUUUUCUCUCUUAGUGAGGAAUUCAAAUAUGUAACAGUCAGACAAGAUGAGAAAAUGGAAUUGGCGAAGCUUCUAGAUCGUGUUCCUAUCCCGAUAAAAGAGAGUCUUGAGGAACCUAGUGCCAAGAUCAAUGUACUAUUGCAGGCAUAUAUUUCACGGCUGAAGCUUGAAGGGCUGUCCUUGUCAUCCGACAUGGUUUAUAUAACUCAGAGUGCUGCACGUCUGAUGCGAGCCCUUUUUGAGAUUGUUCUGAAGAGGGGAUGGGCUCAGUUAGCUGAGAAGGCCUUAAAAUGGUGCAAAAUGAUAAGCAAGAGGAUGUGGAGUGUACAGACACCACUUCGCCAAUUCCAUGGCAUACCAAAUGAAAUCUUGAUGAAGUUGGAGAAGAAAGAUUUGGCUUGGGAGCGUUAUUAUGAUCUUUCAUCGCAAGAGUUGGGAGAGCUUAUCCGGUUUCCGAAGAUGGGAAGGACAUUACACAAGUUUAUUCAUCAGUUCCCAAAGCUGAACCUCGCUGCACAUGUUCAACCGAUUACACGGUCAGUCUUGAGAGUUGAAUUGACUAUUACACCGGAUUUCCAAUGGGAUGACAAGGUUCAUGGUUUUGUUGAACCUUUCUGGAUAAUUGUUGAAGAUAAUGAUGGAGAGUAUAUUCUUCAUCAUGAAUAUUUCAUGCUGAAGAAGCAGUAUAUUGAUGAGGACCAUACUUUGAACUUCACAGUCCCAAUAUAUGAGCCAUUGCCCCCACAGUAUUUCAUUCGUGUUGUCUCCGACAGAUGGCUAGGGUCCCAGACUGUUUUGCCUGUCUCUUUCCGACAUCUGAUUUUGCCAGAGAAAUAUCCUCCUCCCACUGAGUUACUAGACUUGCAACCUCUGCCAGUUACUGCAUUGAGGAAUCCAGCAUAUGAAGCACUUUAUCAAGAUUUCAAGCAUUUCAAUCCAGUUCAGACUCAGGUUUUCACAGUGUUGUACAAUUCAGAUGACAAUGUCUUGGUUGCUGCUCCAACUGGUAGUGGGAAGACCAUUUGUGCCGAAUUUGCCAUAUUGAGGAAUCAUCAGAAAGGACCUGAUAGUACCAUUCGUGCUGUGUAUAUAGCUCCACUAGAGGCUCUUGCUAACGAGCGGUUCAAUGAUUGGAAAAGGAAAUUUGCGGACCAUCUGGGAAUGAGAGUUGUUGAAUUAACUGGGGAGACAGCCAGUGAUCUGAAGCUGUUGGAGAAGGGUCAACUAAUUAUCAGCACACCUGAGAAAUGGGAUGCCUUAUCUCGUCGCUGGAAACAACGUAAGCAUGUUCAGCAAGUCAGUCUUUUCAUUAUUGAUGAAUUGCACCUGAUUGGGGGUCAAGGUGGCCCAAUCCUGGAGGUGAUCGUCUCUCGGAUGAGAUAUAUCUCAAGCCAAGUUGAGAACAAGAUCCGCAUUGUUGCUUUGUCAACUUCCUUAGCUAAUGCCAAGGAUUUGGGAGAAUGGAUUGGGGCUACAUCUCAUGGGCUCUUCAACUUUCCGCCUGGUGUAAGGCCUGUUCCACUUGAAAUACACAUUCAAGGUGUUGAUAUUGCCAACUUUGAAGCUAGGAUGCAAGCCAUGACAAAACCCACAUAUACUGCAAUAGUCCAACAUGCAAGGAAGGGAAAACCUGCACUUGUGUAUGUUCCCACAAGGAAGCAUGCUCGCUUGACUGCUGUAGAUCUGGUGACUUAUUCAAGCAUGGACAGCGAAGACACACCUAUAUUUCUGCUACGAUCUGCAGAAGAGCUGGAACCUUUUGUGGAAAGGAUCAAUGAACCUAUGCUGCAAGAGACACUCAAGUAUGGUGUGGGCUACUUGCAUGAAGGGUUGAGUGCCACUGAUCAGGAUAUAGUGAAGACAUUGUUUGAAACUGGAUGGAUUCAAGUGUGUGUGAUGAACGGUACAAUGUGUUGGGGAGUACCGUUAUCUGCACAUUUGGUGGUGGUCAUGGGAACACAGUACUAUGAUGGUAGGGAAAAUGCACACACUGAUUAUCCCGUUACCGAUUUGUUGCAGAUGAUGGGCCAUGCCAGUCGACCUCUUGUAGAUAGCUCAGGGAAGUGUGUUAUCCUCUGCCAUGCACCACGCAAGGAUUACUACAAGAAGUUCUUGUAUGAAGCAUUCCCAGUUGAAAGCCAUCUGCAACAUUAUCUCCAUGAUAAUUUGAAUGCUGAGGUGGUGGUUGGCGUUAUUCAGAACAAGCAAGAUGCUGUUGAUUACCUAACAUGGACCUUCAUGUAUAGAAGGCUGACACAAAAUCCAAAUUACUACAAUCUGCAGGGUGUUAGUCAUAGGCAUCUGUCUGACCAACUGUCGGAGCUAGUGGAGAAUACCAUCAGUGACUUGGAGGCAAGUAAAUGUGUCACUGUUGAGGAUGAAUUUUUGCUUUCACCUUUGAAUCUCGGUAUGAUAGCGUCAUAUUAUUAUAUCAGUUACACUACAAUAGAGCGUUUUAGCUCUUCUGUGACCUCCAAAACGAAGUUGAAGGGCUUGCUGGAAAUAUUGGCGUCAGCAUCGGAGUUUGAACAGCUGCCAAUACGACCAGGGGAAGAGGAAUUGAUAAGAAGGUUGAUUAAUCACCUGCGUUUCUCUUUUGAGAAUCCGAAAUACACAGAUCCUCAUGUCAAGGCUAAUGCUCUUUUACAAGCCCAUUUCUCUAGGCAAGUGGUGGGUGGAAAUCUUGCUUCUGACCAGCAAGAGGUGCUUCUUUCUGCUACUAGGCUGCUUCAAGCAAUGGUUGAUGUUAUUUCCAGUAAUGGUUGGCUUAGUCUAGCACUUUUAACAAUGGAGGUGAGCCAGAUGGUGACACAGGGGAUGUGGGAACGUGACUCGAUGCUUCUCCAGCUUCCACACUUCACAAAGGAAUUGGCUAAGAAGUGCCAAGAAACUCCAGGGAAGAGUAUAGAGACAGUUUUUGAUUUAGUGGAGAUGGAAGAUGAUGAGAGGCAUGAGCUCUUGCAAAUGUCGGACUUGCAGCUUCUGGAUAUUGCCCGGUUCUGUAAUCGGUUUCCAAACAUUGAUUUGACGUAUGAUGUGCUGGACAGUGAUAAUGUGAGUGCUGGAGACGAUGUAAGUGUGCAGGUAACCCUUGAGCGAGAACUUGAGGGUAGAACAGAAGUUGGACCUGUUUUUGCACCUAGAUAUCCCAAAACCAAAGAGGAAGGAUGGUGGCUUGUCGUCGGGGAUACAAAGAGCAACCAAUUACUGGCCAUUAAGAGAGUUACCCUCCAAAGAAAAUCUAGGGUGAAGCUGGAUUUUGCUGCCCCUGCUGAAGCUGGAACAAGGAACUACACACUCUAUUUCAUGUGCGAUUCUUAUCUGGGUUGUGACCAGGAAUACAACUUUACUCUUGAUGUUAAAGAGGCAAUGGCUGAAGAUGACAAUUGAAGAGAAUGAUGUAGCUUUUUCUUUUUAUGAACUUAUCCUGAAUGCCUGAUUUAUUUCUGUAGACAAUCUUGUGGCGAUUAGUUAUGUGGCUUUCAGUUGGUGCUAGAUCUUUUCUUUUUUGAUAAAAGCUAGACUUCAAUUUCAAUUCUGCAAUUGCUAUAUAGCUUUCAUUUGUUAUCCGUUUA